AUGUCGGUGGAGGCAAAGGAGCUGCUGAAUGUCUCCAUCGGCGACCUUUGCGAGCGGUUGGUCACCGAGGCCGACCGCCAGAGGAGGCAACGCUGGGGUUCCUUCAUCGGUACCUCAGAGUUCCAGGCUGCUGUGGACGAGAGGAUUUUGAGCGAGGAAGGGAGGGAGAAACCCUCCUUCUCCCGGCUGCUGGUGCCUCUCCCCGUCAUGGAGCCAUGGGUGAUGCUGGACCCGCGGCAGAAAGCCCUGUACCGGGACGUGAUGCAGGAGAGCUACGAAACCCUGAUGUCACUUGCAGCACAGGGGCUGGUGAGGGAAAAAGCGGCGGAGGAAGGAGCAGCGGAGGAGAGCUGCGAGCGGCUCGAAGCCCGUUCGUCCCGCAGCCCGGAGAGGGAGAAGACCCUCAGCUCCAACAGGCGGAAAACGAAACGUCCGGAUAAAGCCGUGCCGCACGACGGCUCCAAGACGCCCAAAACCACUGCGGUCCCCAAACUGGACUGCGCCAAACCCCUCCGUGGGGUGGCCAGCAAAGGACCAGCACGGGAAAGGCCGUUCGGCUGCGCUGACUGCGGCAAGAGCUUCCCGUGGGCUUCGCACUUGGAGCGGCACCGGCGGGUGCACACCGGUGAGCGGCCCUUUGGUUGCCCCGAGUGCGGUGAGACUUACAGCCAGAGCUCCCACCUCCUCCAACACCGCCGCACCCACGCCAGCGACCGGCCGCACCACUACGCCUGCGGCGAGUGCGGCAAGGGCUUCGCCUGGGCGUCCCACCUCGAGCGCCAUCGCCGCGUCCACACCGGUGAGAAGCCCUACGAGUGCCCCGAGUGCGGCGAAGCCUUCAGCCAGAGCUCCCACCUCACCAAACACCGCCGCAGCCACCUCCCCAAGCCCGCUUUCCCCCUCGCCCCCCAAUUUCUGCCUCCCUCCAGGACCCAGAUGAUGGGGGAGGAGGUGCAGGAGGCACCUGGAGCCCGCAGCGGCGAGGAGCCCUGA